UUGACUUCCUCCCUCUCCCCUCCCUUCCUUCCUUCUUCCCGAAGGUACUCAUCUGAGAAAAAGAGAACGAAGUAAUUGUUCCUGUUCUCUUUCUUAAGUCAUUUGAAACACUGUCCCCGCUCCUUCUUUAAGUUCACUGCAAUCAGAGAGAGAGAGAGAGAGAGAGAGAGAGAGAGAGAGAGAGAGAGAGAGAGAGAGAGAGAGAGAGAGGAGGGAGUGUAUGAGAGCCAGAGAGCAGGUAAAGGAACUUGGUGCUGCAGCUAUUCAGACCUCAGGAGCUGCACUUGCUGCUGUUCUGUCUUGGAAUUGAUACCUAAUAUUGAGUCUAAGACAAAAGGAAGCCACCAACAAUGCAGAGCGACUCGAGGAUGAUCAAAGACGAAGAUGUAUGUUUUAGUAUGAGCAUGAAGAGAGCUCCCGCCUUCCCCCAUUGCCUACAGUUGGGAGCGCCAAGGAUGAAAUCUCACCAGAGACAACUCUUCACAGAAGAAUUCAGGGGGCCCUUUUCCCAGUUUCGGUACGAGCCUCCAUCAGGAGACCUGGAUGGAUUCCCAGGCAUCUUAGAAGGUGGCGGGUCUCGGAAACGGAAGAGCAUGCCCACUAAGAUGCCUUAUAACCUCCCUCCAGCUGAUGCCACAACUUCCCACCAAUCCGACAAGGGCAAAAGCCAUGGGUCUCCCAGCCUGCCUUUGCUCUUCCAGCAGCCCCCACCCCCCAAAUAUGACGCCCAGAUGAUUGACCUCUGUAACAUAGGUUUCCAGUUCUACCGAACCCUAGAACACUUGGGGGCCAAACCUAUCAAGCAAGAGCCCAUCAAGCCCAGCGCCAUGUGGUCCCAUCCUCCUCCCCCGCCAUUCCUAUCGACGCCUUACCCCUACUACCCCAAAGUCCACCCGGGCUUGGUGUUCCCUUUCUUCAUGCCUCCCCCAGGCUUCCCCUACAGCCAGCAUCCCUUCCAGCCCAAACGCGCAGCCCAGCCCCCGAUGCCCCCCAAAGCCGAGCUGCAGGACGGCGAGGAGGGCAAGCAGAAGGUGGAGCGGGUGGAUGUCAACAUCCAGAUCGAUGACAGCUACUACGUGGAUGUGGGCGGAGAGCAGAAGCGCUGGCAGUGCCCCAUGUGCGAGAAGUCCUACACCUCCAAGUACAACCUGGUCACUCACAUCCUGGGCCACAGCGGCAUCAAGCCCCACGCCUGCAGCCGCUGCGGGAAGCUCUUCAAGCAGCUCAGCCACCUGCACACCCACAUGCUGACCCACCAGGGGACGCGCCCCCACAAGUGCCAGGUGUGCCACAAGGCCUUCACGCAGACCAGCCACCUGAAGAGGCACAUGAUGCAGCACAGCGACGUGAAGCCCUACAACUGUAGGAUCUGCGGCCGCGGCUUCGCCUAUCCCAGCGAGCUCAAGGCCCACGAGUCCAAGCACGAGAGCGGGAGAGAGAAUAUCUGUGUGGAGUGUGGCCUGGAUUUCCCCACCCUGGCCCAGCUGAAGAGGCACCUCACCACUCACCGGGGCCCCAUCCAGUACAAUUGCACCGAGUGUGACAAGACUUUCCAGUACCCCAGCCAGCUCCAGAACCACAUGAUGAAACACCAGGACAUCCGGCCCUACAUCUGUUCCGAGUGUGGCAUGGAGUUUGUGCAGCCCCAUCACCUCAAGCAGCAUUCCCUCACCCACAAGGGUGUAAAGGAGCACAAAUGUGGCAUCUGCGGGCGGGAGUUCACCCUGCUGGCCAACAUGAAGAGGCACGUGCUGAUCCACACCAACAUCAGGGCUUACCAGUGUCACCUGUGCUUCAAGAGUUUCGUGCAGAAGCAGACGCUGAAGGCGCACAUGAUUGUGCACUCCGACGUCAAGCCUUUUAAAUGCAAGCUGUGCGGGAAGGAGUUUAACCGGAUGCACAAUCUCAUGGGCCACAUGCACCUGCACUCAGACAGUAAGCCCUUCAAGUGCCUCUACUGCCCCAGCAAGUUCACGCUCAAGGGGAAUCUCACUCGCCACAUGAAGGUCAAACACGGAGUCAUGGAGAGAGGAUUUCACUCCCCAGGUUUUGGAAGAGGAAGGAUGGCCCUAUCCCAGACAGUAGGGGUGUUGAGGAGCUUGGAACAAGAAGAACCUUUUGACCUUUCCCAGAAAACUCGAGAGAAGGGCACCCCCUUCCACUCUGAUGGAGAGAGUGCCAAGGGCAGUUCUUGCCUUGAGGAGGAGGAGGAAGACAACUGCUUUGAGCCUGAGCCAUACAGCCCUGGCGUGUACCAGCAGGACAAGCCCCUGUACCCACCCCAAGACCUAUCUAGAAAAACUGAGGAAGUGAUGAAGAGCCUCCAAGAAACAUAUGGCGACGAGAAGAAAGGAACUCUGAACGAAGCCUUGGAGGAGAAAGGCAAAGACAGCAUCAGUGUGGAAGGAGGCCAAGAGAGAGACUUUGCAUGCAAAGAUGAGCUCCGGAGCUUCAGGGCUUUCCAAAGUGGCAGGCUCGAGUCUUCUUUUUCUGAUUAUCUUUACUUUAAGCACAGGAAUGAGAGUUUAAAAGAAUUAUUGGAGAGGAAAAUGGAAAAACAAGCGAUGCUUUUAGGUAUCUAAAUGGACAGCUUCAAAAUUACCUUUGGAAAAUGAGAAGCUGGCAGCUCAAAUGCAGCUUUCAGUAGGAGCUAUAAUUUGCAGGGGGCUGCCCAUUUGGGCGGCUCUUUAGAGACUAUCGAACCAAAUCAGAAAGAACAAUUGAAAGCAAAGUAAACGCCUUGCAGGUGGUCUGUUGGCCCUUUAAUGUCAAUAGCACAGUUUGGAGUCUUCUCUUCAGUGUUAUGGUAGUUCUUACUAUUAGAAUGAUGUAAUAUCACCGUGGAUAUUUAAUUGCAAGUGAACUCUCAGUGGCUUACAGGGAUUUUGUUUUCCUCUUUCUAAUAAUACUCACAUGCAUCACAUCCAUCCCCUUUCUUGCUUGUUGCCAAAUAGAAACAGUACUUCAGGUAUUAACUUACUAAUGAUGAUCUAGUAACGAGUAGAUAUGAUAGAUCUCAAGAAAAUAGUUUUCCCAAACAGACUAAAAUAUCAUGAAGUGCAUUUAUGAUAAUAGCUUUUAGAAAAUGUUCCCCACACACCCUAAAAGACUCUAAUAACUCAAGAGGUAGUUAUGGAGCCUGGAUGUUCCCAAAAUAUUGCUGGAAGACUAAGAUGAUAUCUAGGAUAAGAGUUUCUAUGCUGUCAAGUGCCUGAGAAGCUGGAUUUAGAGAACAAAAAGGAAACAACAUGCUCCUAACUAUAUGUACUGAUGCUCUGUCCUUGCUCACUUUGUUGGGGGAAGACUAGAGACAAAAUCUUCAUGGUCAUCUGACAACAGGCUGUGUGUUCUAGAUCUUCAGUCAAACCUGCAAUGUGAACAUCAGGAAAGAGUACCAGCUGUGGAGUUCAACAAUCCUAUGUUCCAGACCCAGUCUUGGUUACUUGGUACCUGGGUGACCCUAGACAAUUCCUCUUCCUUCUCUGGGACUUAGUUUUCAUUUUCAUAAGUAAGGGUGUUGGACUGGAUGACCUCUAAGACCCUUUCUAACCUUGAAUCCUGUGUUCAGAAGAUUUUGAGAAAUCUGACUGAUACCUCAACUAAGCUUUAUGCCAACAAAAGCAAUGAGGGGAAAAAAGCAUUUUGAUGAGAGAGAAUUAAUUUAUUCACUCUUCAUCAUCUCAGGCCGGGAGCUGGGACAGAAAUUCUCCCUGAAAUUUUUAACUUUGACUCUUUGGGAUUUUACAGCAGUGAGCGGAAGCCUAACAUAAAUGAGUCAUUGUAGCAUUAUUCACCUGCCUUUGGAAUCUUUUCCCUAUAGGACAACAAACACUUGUUCCCUGACUUCUAAAUAGCCAAGUCAUCAGCAUGACUGACUUGGCUCACUCUCAGUAAGAAAACCACAGAUUUCCAACUUCUGUCUCUGCUUUGUUUUAAUCAUUGAUAGAAUAUGUACAUACAUAAAACAUCUAUAUAUUGACAAACGUGUAGAGGUGUGUGCAUACGUGCACAUUUUUUUUUUUGUAUGAGGAUGCUUGUGGUAUCUGUUGUCACUUCAUUUCUUUGGAAAAAAAAUGCAAGAUCCACCUUAAUGAGGCUGGAUAUCACUAUGCCUAUAAUUCCACUAGAAGGCACUGGGCAAAUAUGAUGGUCUCAAGACACCUUUGUUGCACUUACCUUUAUAUGUUAAUGUCAAAUACUUGAAAAUUUAUCUCUUCUUUGCUGAUCUUUCAAGAGAUUAGUUCAGGAAAAUACCAGGGCAUUUUCUACAUCCAAACAAGUGCCUUCUAUAUUCAGAUACUAAGGUAGGGGUCGACUACAUUCAGCAUUCCACUGUCUUCCACAAUCCUCUUUGGGAUUCCCAUUGCUCCACAGCUCAUCCCUCUGACUAUUCCUAAGGAUUCCAAAACACAGGAAACAAGUAAUUUAUUGAAAUGGCACAUCGUUAUGAAAACUCUUCACAAAAAGGAAUGUGCAAAGCUAUUUGACCAAACGUAUUAUUCUUCCUUUGAUGGACCACUUUAUAACAAAAAUCCAACUCCCAAAAGGGCAAAUUUCCACAUGAUCCAGGAAGCAGAACCUGGCUCUAAAUGGUCUAACUAGUCCAGGUAACAUUUCAUUCCCUCCUCUUCCCUUCCUUUAGGUCACACUUUGUUGACCACAUCAACCAAAAUCAUUGGUAGUAGUGUCAGAACAAAAAUGCUUUUCCAUGAUUUCUAAUCUACAGAAAUCUGGAAUGUGAGAGCAUUGGGCAUAGGCUUAAAUGCAUUCAAUGGAAAAAUGUCAUAAAUUCGGCCCACAAGCUUAUCCUUAGUAGAGUCUCCAUGGCACUAAUUAUCAAGUUAGAUCUAAAAAUCUGACAAGAGUGACCAAGCUUAAGUGAGUAUCUCACUUCCAUAUGAAACCUUCCUUCCCAACCAUCAUGCUUUCAUUUGAAAAGUUUUAGAGGUUGGAAGUAGAACAAUACACUCAACAGUUCCUUUUAAAAAUGUUAUUUUUGAAAAAUUCUCAUCAGAUCACAUUUUGGACCAUCACAUGCUGUACAUUUAUGUCCAUGAUAAGAAUUCCUCAGAGUAUCUUGGAAUAUGCUUUUCCCCUGGCAUUUGUGUUGGCCAUCUCAUUCCAAUGGACCACUCCACAUCUGGAUGAAAAUUUAGGAAAGUUCAUUAGGAAAACCAUUUUUAGGUACUAAAGGAAUUUAAUCAGUUCUCAAUUAAGGGAACUUAACAUCAAUUCUCAGCAAUCAUUUUAGGCAGCAAAUAAUGCUCUAGAGCAGAAAUGUCAAACAUUGUAGCCUGGGCAGCUAGAACCAGAUUAAAAUGUAAUUGGGACUAUUUAACAAAAUGAAUGAAAAAAUGGCAAAACAAAGAUAAUAAAAUGUGGUUUCCUAAACCAGUUACCUGAAGUGAUCCUUAUAUAUAGUUCAGUGGCCCCAUUUCUAUUUAAUAAUAAUAAUAAUAAUAUACAGUGCUUAUAUUGUGUUGAGUGCUUUGGUCAUCUCAUUUGAUCCUCAUCACAAUCCUGAGAAAUAGGUGCUAUUAUUAUCAUUCCCACUUUACAGAUGGGAAAACUGAGGCAAACAGGGGGUAAGUGAUUUGCCCAGGGUCUCACAACUAAUAAGUAAAAUAUUUUGUUAAAUAUUUCCAGUCUGAGAUUAGACUUGAACUCAAGUCUUCCUGCCCCCAGAACCAGCACUUUAUCCAUUGUGCCAUCUAGCUGCCCCUGAGUUUGACACUACUGCUCAAGAGUUUCCAGUAUAGGCUCCAAGGAAUAUGCCAACAUAUUAUUAUUUAAUAACAUUCUGAAGGUAGAUAUAAAUUUUCCAUCUCUGUUACAUAGGUGGGAUCCAAUAUUAGUCAGGUGAGUUACACAGCUGUAAUUCAUCUCUUUUGUCCACUCUACUCUCUACUUCUGCCCUUUCAUUCCCCUCUUACUCUGCCCCUUUAAAAUUGUAUUCUUCCCCAGCCAAGAACAUGAGGUUGAAAUACAUCACCAGUUGCAUCCUCCACAGGGCAUGGAGGUAAGAGGUUUAAGUGUGUUUGGCUACAGACGGUGCUAUGCACAUACCCUAUUAAGCUAAGAAGGUAUUUAAUGAGAUAUUAACACGAUGUUUAGGAUUUCAAUCUUUGCUCAGCAGGAAUAGAACAUAACAGAGCUAACUUUCAAAACACAUUUGGAAAACACACCGAAUGUGAAUGUACAGAAUACUAGUUUGUUAUUUAAAAGGAAGAAGCCAAGUGUACAGCAACCCAAGUUGUGGAUACUUAACUUUCUGCUUUCACUUCUAAAGCAGUUUUAUCUGAAAAUAACAUGCAGCCUGUAUUUUGUUAACUUAAGCGAAUAAAAGACUUGUUAAAAAAUCUAGUUUGUUUUUUUUAAAACGUAAACUUCUGCAAUGAAAAGACAUGUAUAUUCCUGCCCUCUGGAUACAUCCAUUUCCAAGCUUGUUUUUUUAAUUUAAUUUAGUUUUGUUUUGUUUUGCUUUUGUUUAUACUUUGUAUUUAAGAAUCUGUGCACUUGUUGUUUUCCUGUAGUUUAGGGAUUCCUUUUUUCAAUUCAUUAUCUAUUUUUUAAAUUAAAAUUUCUUUUGAGUUCUAUAUUUGCUCUUUCCCUUCUGGCCCUCCCCUACUCAUUGAAAAGGCAAGAAAUAUGAUACCCAUUAUAUAUAUGAAAUCAUGUAAAACAUUAGCCAUGUCACAAAAAGACCCCCAAAAAAUGAAUUGAGAAAAUUAUACUUCAAUUUGCAUGCAGAGAUCAUCAGCAUUUUUCAUCAUGAUUCUUUCCAAAUUGUCUUAGAUCCUUGUAUUCAUCAGAGUAGCCAAGUCUUUCACAAUUGAUCAUCAUUCCAGCAUUGCUGUUAUUGUGCAUCAUGAUUUCCUGCUUCUUUUCAUUUCAUAUUGGAUCAGUUCAUAUAGGUCUUGCCAUGUUUUUCUGAACCACCCCCCAGUCAGUUUUUAUAUCACAAUUUUAUUCUAUCAUAAUCAUAUGCCAUAGCUUGUUCAACCAUUCUCCAACUGAUGAGCAUCCCCUCAACUUCCAAUUCUUUGCCACCACAAAAGGAAGUGUUGUAUUUUUGAACAAAUAAGUCUUUCCCCCCCUUUUUUUUUGCUUCUUUGGGAUUAGUAGUGGUAUUGAUGGUUCAAACAAGUAUGCACAGUUUUAUAGUCCUUUGGGUAUAGUUAUAAACUGUUUUCCAGAAUGGUUGGACCAGUUCACAAUGCAUCCAAGAGUUUAUUGGUUUACCUAUUUUCCCACAUUGCUUCCAGCUCUUGUCAUUUCUGAGAGGUGAAGGGUGGUACCUUAUAGUUGUUUUAAUUUGCAUUUCUCUAAUCAAUAGAUUACUUAGAGCAUUUUUAAAAAUAUGACUAGAGAUUGCAUUGAUUUAUUCUGAAAACUGUUCAUAUCAUUUUACUCUUUAUCAAUUGGGGAAUGACUCUUUUAUUAAUUUGGCUCAGUUCCCUAUAUGUUUAACAAAUGAGACUUUUACCUGAGAAAUUUGAUGUAAAAUUUUUUUAUAUUAUUUCAUUGAUCUUGGUACCUUUUGUUGCAGUGUACUUUCCCUGAUGAUCUCUUCUAGUUAGGUCCAUAUUUGCUUUUGCUUUGUCCAAGAUUAUGAUCAAAAUACCUGCCUUUUUUACUUUAGCUGAAGCAUAAUAGAUUCUAUUCCUGCCCUUUAUUUUAACUCAAUGUGAGUAUCUUUCUGUUUCAAGUGUGCCUCUUGUAAACAAUAUAUUUACUGGAUUCUAUUUUCUAAUCCAUAUGGCUAUCUGCUUCCUUUUCUUUUUUGAAUAAAUUUAUCACAUUCACAGUUAAAAUUAUGGCCUAGUUCCCUCCAUCCCUGUUGUCUUCUGUCUGUCCUUCUCUCUUUUUACCUUAUCACUCCUCAUAAGUCUGUUUUGCCUCUGACCACUGCCUCCAUUAAUUUACCCUUCCUUUUAUCCCCUAUCUUUGCUCUUAUAUCCUUACCCUCCUACUUCCCUGUUGGGUAAGUUAGAGUUUUAUUCCUCUGUGUGUGUGUGUGUAUGUAUUCUUCUAUCUUUGAAACAGUUUUUUUUUUAAAUUGUUACCUUCCUUCUUAGAAUCAUCACUGCAUAUUGGUUCCAAGGUAGAAGAGUGGUAAGGGCAAGACAAUAGGGGUUAAGUGACUUGCCCAGGGUCAUUCAGCUAGGAAGUGCCUGAGGAUAAAUUUGAACCCAGGACCUCCCAUCUUUGAGCCUGACUCUCAAUUCACUCAGCCACCUUGCUGAUCCCUUUUUGAAACAGUUCUGAUAAGAAUGUGGUGCAAUCCUUACCUCAUUCUCUAUUUUCCCCUCUACCAUAAAUGCUCUUCCGUGGAUGCCAUUUUUUUUGGUAAGAUUAUUUCCCCUUUCCCACUUUCCACAGUGUAUCCCUAUUUCUUAACUGUUAAUUUUAUUUUUUUAAGAUCAUUCCAUCACAGUCAACUCAUACCUACAUCCUCUGUCUACAUAGAAUCCUUACUGCUCUAAUAAUGAUACAAUUCUUGAGAGUUACAUGUAGAAUCUUCCUGUAUAGGAAAAUAACAGUUUAACCUUAUUGAGUCCUUUAUGAUUUCUCUUUCAUGUUUCCUUUUUUUAUGUUUCUCUUGAAUCAAUACCAA